AAAUGUAUAUUUUUAUUAAAUUAUAAUGCAUUCAGUAACUUUUGAUGGUAAGAUUCUGUUCUGGGAAAUGUAUUUGUCCAUCCAUGCAGGUUAUGACUGGGCAGAUCGGGGAGCAGCAUUUUUUCAUCAUUUGUUCACCCUCGUGUCAUUUCAAACUCUGUAUGACUACUACAGGACGUUUGACGUGCCAGUCGUCCAAAGAGAAGGGGGAAAACGAGAACAGAAGGAGGUUAACAUGACUACAAAAGUCAGAACGCUACCAUCCACUAAGUUAUCAGCAUCAACUGCUUCAGUGGUUAGACCAUGGAAGGAUGAGGUGACAUCUGAAUCUGAACUGUACAGAUUUUACAAAGGCUUUACUUAUGAAGUAAUAUCGCCAAAUGUGCCAUUGGACACCACUCCGUGUGAUGUGCCAGUCAUCCAGAGAGAACGGAAAAAACGAGAAAAGGAGGAGACGCAGGAGGUUAAAAAGACUGCAAAAGUCAGUACUCCACCAUCAACUGAGGGACAGGGUGUUCGGACAGUAGAUCCAUGCAUUCUGAAAGUUGUGCGGGAACCUGAGGAGCCAUUGGAAACGAUGAACAUCUUCACAAUUACAGAACUAAAGGCCUAUGAAAGGAGACAGCAAAUGCUAAAGAAGGAAAGAAAAGAGCAAGAGACACAAAGGAGAAUCGAGCUUGGAGAACAGGUCGACAAGCCGUCGCUGAAAAAACGACUCAUCAAGAAGUGCAGCAAGUUGCUCAAUAAGACUGUUCUCCAGCUUUCCUGUAGCUCAGUGGUUAGAGCAUGGCGCUAGCAAUGCCAAGGUCAUGGGUUCGAUCCCAGGGGAUUGCACAUAGUCAGAAACAAAUGUAUAGUACAAUGCAAUGCAAGUCACUUUGGAUAAAAGCGUCUACCAAAUGCGUAAAUCUCCAUCAGUUCUACAGCGGUCCAUCAUCAACCUGAUAUUAAACAUUUAG